AUGGCUGUGGCUGCUGCUGCGGCAGAUGGUCUUCCGGUCUCGGUCCGUGGAACGAGACACUCGAUGGGUGGCCACACUAUGGCAGCAGGUGGUGUUGUCAUUGACACCACAUACCUCGAUGCUAUCACCUGGGACGCUUCUCGUGAGCUGAUGACCAUCGGGGCCGGUGCGACUUGGGCUGAUGCCAUCCGCUUCCUCAACCCACUCGGCAAGUCGCCGAGGACCAUGCAGUCAUACUGCUCGUUCUCGGUCGGCCGUAACUGCCAUCUCGGUAGUCACUGCGGACGGCUUGCUUGUCUCGGCCUCCCCGACGCCGCCGAUCCUGCUGCCCGCGACCUCUUUGCCGCGGCCAUUGGCGGCUACGGCAUGUUCGGCAUCAUCGUCGACGCCACUAUGCGGGUCAACGACAAUGUGCCGUUGGUAAUGGACGCCAUGACACUCUCCAUUGACGACUUUCCUCACGUCUUUGAGCCGCUCGUCGACGCCCCAGACGCCGGCGGCUUGCCGGUCGAAGCCAAGCUCGCUCGCCUCGACUUUACUACCCUUGACACUGUGGACCUUUUUGUCUUUCGUCGUGCCUCGAACCUACCCAUGGCUGCCUCGCUCGAUCGCAAGCCGCGCGAGAUGUCGCCGCUCAUGGCGAUCAUGUACAAGUGGGCCGCUGCCCCGCUCGCAGAGCUCCGCUUCGCCGUCGAGCGCGCCUCUGGCGCCGCCCUCGAUUGGUCCGCCGAGCACACCACCGACCGCAACACCGUCAUGUACGAGUCGGCCACUCCGCUCGCCCGCUUCACGGACCUCAUCCUCUCUGUCAACGACACCUUUAUCCUGCAAGAGUACUUUGUCCCCCGCUCGGCCUUUGCCGCCUGGAUCGCCGGCGCGCGCCCCAUCUACGCCGCCAUGCAGGGCCAUCCGCUCCUUGCCAUUCUCAACACCACCAUCCGCUUUGUGCACUGCGACACAACCACUCUUUUGCCGUAUGCCACUGCCCCGAACGGCUCCUACGCCUUUGUCCUCUACUAUCGCCUGCGUGCCACGCCCGCCGCCGAUCGCGCCCUCGCAGACAUCCAUGCCGCCCUCACAGCCCUUACGCUCGAUCUCGGCGGCGUCUUCUACCUCCCUUACCGCCAUCACUAUUCGGUGGACGACAUGACCGCUGCCUAUCCAAGCAUUGACGCCUUUCGCGCUGCUAAGCUCCGCUUUGAUCCGCAGCUGCGCUUCACGUCGGCGUGGUGGGAUGCGUACCACGGCCACACCGUUGUCACAUCCGCUGCUUCAGAGCCGGCCGCCUUUGCUGCUCCUGCCCCGCUGCUGGCACCAUCUAGCGCACCAUUCCAGCUCCCGCAGGCCAGCAUCCGCCGCAACAACUCGUUUGCGAAGCUGCUCUCGACUGCUGCCGGCCGCAGCGAACUCGAAUCGGGGUUUCUCGGCGAGAUCUUCAACGUCGCGCCGCCGCACGAUGUCAUGCGUGCGGUGGUCACUGCAGUCUGCGACAGCCGCAACUCCUGCGAUGCUGAUGUCUACAAAGCCCUGGUUGCCUCGGCUGCAAGCUUCAACUCGGGCCCAACUGGUGGCGCCCUCAACAUGCUGCGACAGCUCCGCCAGAUCCACGACCAGAAAGCUGAGCUGACACGUGAGGUUACCUCCAUCAUCGCUCACCUCGGCCGUGUUGGCGCCAUCAACGGCUAUGUCUCCAUUGGUGACUCGGGCAAGCUUGUCCUCCCGCUCAUCAAGGCACUCGGCAUUACCGGCGAGAUCACGGUUGUUGCAGACUCGGAGCUCGCACCCACCGACGUGACAGCUGUUGUUGAGCGCGGUGCUGCAGCACCGGUUGGCACUCACGCUCUCAUCUUUGACUAUCCCUCGAUCGCCGACGAUCUCGCAGGCAUCCCGUCGAACUCGGCCGACCUGGUCUCGCUCAUGCAAGGUCUGCACCACUUUCCGCCAAUGGUUGUUUUUGCGCUUGUUCAGCAAGUAGCCCGUAUUCUGCGGCCAGGCGGUGUCUUCCUCGUCCGCGAGCACGAUGCGGCACCCAAGCUGGUUCCGAUGUGCGAUGUCGCCCACAUGGUGUUCAACGCUCUCACCAAUUUAUCGCCCGAAGCUGAGGCUGCCGAGAUCCGCGCCUUCCGCCCACUCGACGAGUGGAUCGCGCUAUGCGAGGCCGCUGGCCUGAGCAACACCCAGCUCUACGAGGUCCAGGAGCGCGACCCAACCGUCGACAUCAUGAUGGCCUUUAUUGCGCCGCCGUCCGAGCAAUUGCCGCACAUUCCCGGCGGCGAGAUCGAUGCCCGCCAGCAGCUUCCUGCCCGGCGGCACGCGCUGCCGCUGCUCUGA